GUGACCUUCAGCUCGCAGGAGAGCUUCGAGAGCCACUGCUCCUCCGUUGAGCACGUGCAGAUGCUUUCGGCAGACACCUCCGUCCACUGGGUCCACCGCACCCCGCCGCUCGGGCUGACCAAAUUCUCGCUCUGCAGCAGAGCGGAGGUGUGCGAAAUGGGGACCAGCUGCACCAAGGCUCAUUCCGCCGAGGAGCUGCAGGAGUGGAUCCAGAGGGUGAAGGUUGCCGUGAGGAAAAAGAAGCAAGCCCUGAAGGAAGGGCUCUUGUCCUACCAGGACCAGCUCGUCGCCGAGUAUCAGACGUGUUCCAACGAGGUGUUGAUUAUGGCCGAGCACGUCGAGGGUGUCAGAGUUGUGUGUGAGCAGCCCCUGCACGUGCAGUCGGAGGACAGGAGGAUGAAAUACCGGUGGAAGUUCAGGAUCCACUCCCAGAUGCCUCUGCAGCACGUGGCACUACUGAAGCGGGAACCUGGAGUCAGCUUCUACUUCUCAGGGAAUGGGCUUUCCCGGGGCCUCCACUACCUUCGGGGGGAGCACGUGGCCACCCUGCCCUCCUCCCCGCCCGCCGCGCUGGUGGAGGUGUGCAUGGAGUGCUGCGCGCUGGGCGUCUUCGAGCAGUGGGUGGUGUUCGACUUCGGCAGACGCCCCGUCCUCAUACAGAAGAUCAAGGUGAAGGUGGGCCGGCGGGAGACCCCCCAGCACAUUCCCGGCAGCAGGGAGACCAGCCGCCCGGUCAACUUUGUGCGAUGGGAUAGGGGUAACCGGAUCAUCGUUCCCAGCGUGCCAAGGACCAGUGAAGAUGUGGAUCUGCUGGCCAAGUACAAACCUCCUGCGCUCACGCUGGACUACCAGCGCGAGGGGGGUGCGACCGUUCCCAUCACCCGUCUCAACUAUCGUGAGAGAAUACACAGCUUCCUCUUCCGCGAGGAAGAAGCCGAACAAGCUCUGAUUGCCAAACUCAACCUGCGAGUCGUCAUCUCGCUGACCCCCAUGCUGCAAAGCCUCUCCGUGGGGAUGAAGUUUGCCCUCUCUGGUGAGCUGUUUGCUGAAGUGCCUACCCCGUAUAACCUCUCGCCGGACACAGACGAGGGGUAUCUGCUCAGCAGGUCUGUGCCCACUGCUUUCCUGGCGCUUGACCCUCCUAUAGACAAUCGGAUUUACGAGGUUAGUGUGGAGCACAAAGCCACCACGGAGAAGACCAUCUGGCUACAGAUACCAAAGAGAUGCUGCUCAGAACUGAACUUCCAGCCAAACACCUCCCACAAAGUGGAGAUCCAGUUCCAGAUCGACCAGCUGCUGUUCCGGCAGUGGCAUCAGGCUGUGGAUCGCCUGUUGGAUGAGAAGCUGGUCCUACCAGAUGUUGCCAGUUGUUCUGUCCCCUACUCUCUCGGGUCACCACAGAAAGGGAAUAGCAAGCAGAAACUCGCCAUCUCCUUCAUCACGGGCCAGACAACCAGCAGCCGGCAGGUCCCACCUCUCCUCAUCUACGGGCCUUUCGGCACAGGGAAGACGUUCACCUUGGCCAUGGCCACCUUGGAGAUCCUCAAGCAGCCUAACGCGCGGGUGCUGAUCUGCACUCACACGAACAGUGCUGCUGACAUCUACAUCCGGGAGUAUUUCCAUCACUACGUGAUCAACGGGCACCCGUGGGCUGUUCCCUUGAGGAUUAUAUCCGCUGACCGUCCCAUCAACCUGACGGACCCCAUCACUCAGAUGUACUGCUGCCUCUCGCCAGACCAGCGCUCUUUCCGGCACCCCACGCAAGUGGAGAUCGACAGGCACCACAUCAUCAUUACCACCUCUAUGUUAUCCAAGAACCUGAAGGUUGCCCCGGGCUACUUCACCCACAUCAUGAUCGACGAGGCUGCUCAGAUGCUGGAGUGCGAAGCGUUGGUUCCGCUCUCCUACGCCACGUUUGAGACCCGGAUUGUCCUUGCCGGGGACCACAUGCAGAUAACCCCGAAGUUGUUCUGCGUUGGGGAUGGACAAGCUGCUGAUCACACCCUGUUAAACCGACUCUUCCAGUUCUACCAGAAGGAGAGGCAUGAAGUGGCCUUGAAGAGCAGGAUCAUCUUCAACGAGAAUUAUCGUUCCACUGCGGGCAUAAUUGAGUUUGUCUCCAAGCACUUCUACGUUGGCAAAUGCAACGCUAUCCAAGCCAGUGGGAACAUCCCACCUCAUCCCGAUAUCUACCCGCUCAUGUUCUGCCACGUGUCCGGUGUGGCUGAAAGGGAUAUGUCCAUGAUUUCUUGGCACAACACCUCCGAGAUAAUACAAGUGAUUGAGAAAGUGAAGGAGAUCUAUCAGAGGUGGCCGGACGAGUGGGGUCACCGAGACCUGAAGAGAAUCUGUGUGGUCUCCCAUGGGAUGCAGGUUUCUGCAACAAGGCAAGAGCUGAGGAAGAAGCAGCUACAAGACGUGGUGGUAGAAAACUAUGAAAACUUGCCAGGACGGGAAUUCCGGGUCAUCAUCAUCAGCACGGUCCACACCAGCGAGAGCCUGCGCAUCUCGGCCGCCCACCACGAGUUCUUCAACGAAGCCAGGGUGCUCAACACCAUCAUGACGCGGGCUCAGUCACUGGUCGUUGCGGUGGGAGAUGCCGUGGCCUUGUGCUCCCACGGCCAGUGCAGCAAGGUGUGGAAGCGCUUCAUCCAGCAGUGCAUGGAGAAGGGGAGCAUCUUCCCGGAGAACCUGACGAUGGCCCAGGUCAAACAGGCCGCGUGCGACAAGGAGAGCUGGAGCAGGAGGAGCCCGGAGCGGGACGAGGAGGACAGUGACACAGAUUCCUGGAGCUCUGAGGCUGAGAGUGUGAAUCCCGAUGAUCCCAUCCUUCAGGAGCUCUUAGAUGAGAGCAAGAACGUGCUGGUGACGGUGUCUGAAGAAGGGCUGCUGAACGUGAAGUCUGAGGCUUCAAACCUGAGCGAAGACAGGCAGGAAUACUUCAGCUUCUCUCCUCAGAUGAUGCAGGAGUACCUGCACAUGCACCCCAAAAUGUAUAAGCGGUGCGAGCUGAUCAAAGAAGGGUUCGACCGAGCUUCUGCCUUCACCCUCAACGACUCCCCUGCGAUGAGCAUUCAGAUCAAAGGCAGAGUGCACUGCGGGACGGCCUUCACCGGGGACGAGGUCCUCGUGGAACUCCUGCACAGCAGCGGGGCUGACAGCGGCACCCACCGCCCGCAGGGAAAGGUGGUGGGCAUCUUGAAGCGCGCGGAGAGAGAACGGACCUUCAUCUGCAUGAUGGACGAGUUUGAUCCCCGGGUGAUGAUACCCAUCGAUCGCACUGUCACCAAAAUAUUCGUCCCGGGACUGAAAGAGAAACCCAACGUCAUUCCCAUCCGUCGGCUUGUCAAUGGGAAGUACAGGGUGGUGAGCUGCGAGAAGAUCAGCCUGGAGACGAGGAGAUGCCAGUUCUUCUGCGUCCAGGUGAUUUCCUGGCGGAAAGGGUUUUACUACCCUCUGGGGAUAAUAACAAAGAUUCUGCAGGCGGCGUUGACUUUGGAAGAAGGCUUAAAGAUCCUUGACUUGGAAUAUGGUUUGGAGAAGAAAUACCCAGCCACUGUCACCAAGGAGUCAGCCAAAUACACUUCCAGCAGCAAGCUAAACCUCACCAAGGAAAAUCUGAAGGACUGUCGGAGCUACCUGACCUUCACCGUCGACCCGCAAGGCGCCAGGGAUUUGGACGAUGCUGUCAGCGUUAGGGAUCUCGGGCGUCACUAUGAGAUUGGGAUCCACAUCGCAGACGUGGCUGGCAUCAUUCCCAAAGGCAGUGCCUUGGACCUGGAAGCAAAGAAGCGGGGUGUCACCUACUACGCUCCCAACCAGGAGCCUCUGUGCAUGUUCCCACCCCACAUUAGCCAGGAUGUCUGCAGCCUCCUGCCGCAGAAAGAUCGUCGGGUGAUCUCCUUGUUUGUCACCAUAGAAAAGGAGACGGAUGAGAUAUUAAAGGGAGUUUUCAGCAUCUCCGUGAUCCGCUCGGACAGGCAGCUGUCCUACGAAGAGGCGGAGCUCUGCAUUAAGGACCACUACAAGGGAGCGGCAGGGGCCCUGCGUUUCGAUACCCUGGAGAACUGCAUAGCUGUGGCUUAUCACUUCUCCAGGGUCCAUCGGAAGUUUCGGCUGCAGGAGGACUGUUUCUACGACCGGCUGGAUGAGGAAAGCUCCCCAGGUAACAGGGGGUCCCACCAGAUGAUAGAGGAGUUAAUGAUCAUGUUCAACAGUUGCAUGGCCGAGUUCCUCACCAACCAGGACGACACCAGAAACGUCACUCCUCUCCGGUGUCAGUGCGAGCCAAGCCCUCAACAGUUAUCCCUCAUGAAAAAUAAGUACAACCACAUCCUUCCUUUGUCCAUCCAUCUCUCGCACCACCUGGGAGAGGCGUCUCCUGGCCAAGACUCCUCUACAAACGUGGAGUUCAGCCUCCUGGCCCCCAUCUGGGAGCACCUGCAGGCAGCCGCUAACGUCCGUGACUUCCUCAAGAUGCUAGACCUUAUUGUUACGGAUGACAUCCACCCCAAGCUGGCUCCCGUGGCUCUGGAGUUCAGGAGACUGCUCAGCCGCUCCUAUUUCAGCCGCUCCAACUCCACCAUCCAGUCAAAAGCGGGCCAUUACUCCCUGCACGUCGACUCGUACACCUGGGCUUCCUCUCCCAUCCGCCGGUACGUGGAUGUCGUGGUCCAGCGGCAACUUCAUUCCGUACUCCGCAAGAAGCCUAUCGCCUACUCUGCCGACGACAUUGAGUUUCUCUGUAAUGACUUCAACAGGAAGAAUUCCCAGGCGACGACGUACGAGAAGAGAGCCCGCUCCCUGCAAAUGGCCACCCAGCUGAAGUGCCAGGUCCUGCAGAAGGUCGCCUUCGUGGUGGACAUCGAAGGGAUGAACAAGUAUUUUAAAGCCCUGUUUCCACUGAACAAAGAGAGUCUUCCCGAUCCCCAGGUGAUCAACUACAAGUCUCUUCAGCUGAUAGAGCAGCCCAUGUUCUUCCAGCAGCGGAACAGCAUGAGGCUGAUGUGGAAGAGGAGGGUGUACUCUGUGGAGACGAUGAAGGAGCACAGCUUGCGGGAAGGUCCUCUCCGAGACCGCAGCGUCACCUUCGUUGGCACCCAGACUUGGCAGGACGUGCUCGCAGCCAUCAGGAAUGAGAAGUUUGAGACCGCCGCCUCCCUCCUUCAGAGCAGCAAGGACCUGUACCAUCGGCACAUGGGCUGGGUACGGAAGAGCCAGUGCUCGCACUAUAUGCAGCUCUCCUUGGAGCUGAGUGCCGGCGACGUGCUGCAGUUCCAGCUCACCACGGACGUCUGCCGGGGUUUCCUGGUGCCCUUCGUGCAGCUGUGGUGCGUGACGCCGGGAUUCGACAUCUGCCUGCAGCACACGGAAAAGCCGAUCGAUUGCUUCUCUGCCUACGCCACCCAGCCCUCCAAAGACAGGUACAAGCACGCAGCGGAGUACAACAGGAUAUGGAUGCCGAUGAGCGCCAUGGAGUCCGCUUUGUGUGCGGUGGCUGAAAACGACUCCAUUGUCCUUCAUGAUGUCAGAAUAAUCUGGGCCAAGCAAAGGACGAGCAAAGGACAACUGCAGGGGAGCUUUGUCCUAACCAAACAAUUUUUGGAGGAGUGCUCCAUUGACUUGGACUUCAGCCACUGUUACUUGUGCAUCCGCUUAGGUGGGCUGAAGCUUGGGAGCCUUCAAAGCGAUGAGGAAUGCCUUAGCCACGGCCUCCAGAAUCUGACUCUUAACAAGGGCCGCUCAGAAAGCAAACCUGUGGUUGACCCAGAUACCUACACCUGGGUGGCUCACGGCGUCACUGAAGAGUUCAGUGACAAUGACAAGCCUGACAGGGCGAGUCAGCACACUAUGAACUUUUAUAUCCACUAUAUGUCCAUGGAGAACAUCCCGGUGGAACUCUCGCAGGCCUCUACCAGGUUCACGGUGGAGCUCAUACCGAAGAUGCUGCCAGAUGUACGGAAAGAAAAGGCAAUUUGGAAGCUCAAGUAUGCCUCCGAGCUGGCUAAAAGCAUCGCCCUCGGCCAUGAACCUCCUCAAAAGGCGACAACGUCCAAAAUCCUGCAGCGAAAAUCCUUUGAUCUCCCUGGCAGCCACAGGAAACUCAACCAGAGCCAGAACCAGGCUAUUCUAAAUGCUCUGAGGAAAUCCUUCACACUCAUCCAAGGCCCACCGGGCACCGGGAAAACUGUUGUUGGGACUCACAUUGUCUACUGGUUCCAUAAGCUGAAUGAGGAGAGCGCUGAGAAGGAGAAAACACUGCCCUCUGAAGAAGAAAAUCCCGGGGGGAGAAAGUGCAUCCUGUACUGCGGCCCGUCCAACAAGUCUGUGGAUGUUGUUGCUGAGAUGCUGCUGAAGAUGAAGAGCCUGAAACCACUGAGGGUUUACGGGGAGGCCAUCGAGACGAUGGAAUACCCGUACCCAGGGAGCAACCGGCACCUCUACCGCAAAGCCUUGAGGGAUGCAAAACCAAAGCGUGAGCUCAGGUAG